AUGUCAAAAUCAUCAGUCGAAACUGUAGCGGAACAAUCACCUUUCAUUUCAAAAGAUGACAAAGGUAUAAGUGAGAACAAAAUAUCUGAAUUUGCAAGAACUGAUUUGACAUUUGAAUCUAUUGAAAUGAACGAAAACUUCCCACCAAAUGUAAGUAACACAGACGUACAUGGUGACACUAAAAGAAACGACGACAACAUAAUUAAGACGGAUAAGAAGGGGCAUGCGGUAACUGUUGUUCCAUCGGUGUCGUCCACAGAGGCAUUACAAAGCAAAAAAUCUUCAGUGUUAUCAGACAUUCGCAGUCAUAGCAGUCUCUCUUUCGACAUGGAUAGCUUGCUUCAGGUAGGAGAGAAAAUUGAUACUUCGGCUAAACCAUCAGUCAUCGACGUUACAAGGGAUGACGAAGCAAUUGAAAUACAAGAGCGACUUGUGACCGAAUUAAAGCUACAGGAAGUUGAUAACGUCGACAGAGUAUCUAGUUUAGAUAUGAAGAAUGUCGAUGAAUAUAUACUUAAACGUCAAGAAGUGGAGGAUUCUGUUAUUAUGAAGCAAAGAAAUGAAACAACUAAACAAGACUUGGAAAUAAAACAGGCGACAGCUGAGACUCCAUCUACUUCACGCGGAAAUAGAUAUUUCUUCCAUGUUCAUUAUAAAGACGCCAAUACCGAUGAUGACAGCGAGGAUAGUUCAUCCUAUGAAAAUUUAACGGGUGAAAUAACGAAUGAACACCAGCGAGAUAUAGUGAAGAAAGAGGAAAAGCAAGAAACAGACAAGGACGAAAAGGAUGAAGAAAGUAAAAAGGAAAGCUAUUCAAAAAAA